AUGAGUUUCUCCAAAAAAAAUCCUGAAAUGAGUAACCACAGCCCUUUGAUUCAUCUUGAUAAUACUGACAAUAACAAUAAAUCAUCAUUUUAUUCGAGUAUUGUUGAAAACUAUAAUGAUAAUAUUAGUAACGAUGGAAGUGUUAUUGACACUAAUAAUGAUGACAGAGCUGUUAAAACUAAAAUUAUUGAUAAAAACACGAGAAAUGAUACUUUCGACAAGACAAACGAUGGUAAAAAUAUCAAGAUCAAUAAUUGUAUUAAUGACAAUACUACUACCGGUAACGAUCAUUUUGAUACUGCUACCAAAGCCGACAAUAUCAGCAACAAUAUCAGCAACAUCAACAACGACCACGAGAACCUCUACAACGUUAACGAUGGUAAUAUCAAAAAUGCUGACAGAAUUCACAGUAGCAGCAAUAACAAUAUCGAUAAUGAUAAUGACGUCAUCAGUAACAGCAGUUUAGGAAAUGUACUUCAUAGAGAUAAGGAAGUUGAAAAAAUCAUUCUUUCUAAGGAUAGUAAUAUCGAUGCUUCUAUCAAAAACAGUCGUGAUGAUAACAUAAUUCUUGGUGGAAGCAAUAACAAUACUAAUAAUGAUAAUGAGAGCUUAAACAAAAACAGUUUAGGAAAUGAAUUUCUAAAAAAGGAAAAUGAACAAAAUCAUCCUGCUAAUAAUCAACCAAUUGAAUUAGCUAUGAAACUAGACAGCAACAAUGAUAGUAAUACCAAGGAUGAUAAUAAUAAUGACGAUUAUAAGGAAGAUCAAGAUAACUAUGGUUAUAACGAUACUAGUAUUAGCAGUAGUAGCCUAAAAAACAAAAAUACUAAUGCUCCAAUUACUCCUCCUCUUACUACUUAUGAUGAAAAUAUUGAUGAUACUAAUGAUAGUAAUGACAAUAAAAAACAAGAAGAUGAUGCUACUCAAGUAUAUGUUAACGGUGAUGAUGUUUUUCAUGAUCAUAAUAAUAAUUACCAACAAGAUAAUACUACCAAUAAUCAAACAGACGAUAUUAUUGGUUGUACCAAUUAUAAACCAACAAUUGGGUUAAUUAUAGCGAACAGUAAUAAUCAAAGCUCUCAUACUUCACCAAUUACUGAUAAUAAUGACAUGAUGUCAACGAAAUUGGAUGUUAAGAUUCAAGAUGAUGAUGAUAUUGAUAACAAAUCUAUAACUGUUGAAUCAACUGAUCAACAGGAUAAUAAUAAUAGUAAUGCACAAGAGAAUGAUUCAGAAAUUAUCUCAUCUACUGAUAAUGUUAAUAAUCAUAAUAAUAACACGUCAGCAAUAGAAUCAGAAGUUGAUGAUAAUGGAUCUAUUACUCCCGCCACUACUACCCUUAUUACUAAAAAUAAUAAUAACGACAGAGAAUCAAUUGAAGCUGUGAACGAGGAUGAUGGUAGUUCUAACGAUAGCGAUACUGGUAACAACCAACAAGAUAAUCAAGAUGAUAAACCAGAAAUUAUUGUUACUCAUAUUGGAUCUUCUGAUAAUGAUGAUAAUAAUGCUCAAUCAACGAUAGAAGAGUUGUCACCAUCAUCUGAAGUUGUUGAUAAAAAAUUCAAUGAUGAUGAUAAUACUACUACCUAUGAUUCUAAUAGUUUCACUGACGAUAAUCAACAUCAAAACAUUAAUGGCGAUCAAACAGAAGAAGCAACAACUGCUCAUCUACAUCCUCCUCUUUCUUCUUAUCAUCACCACCCUACCAAAACUGUUUUAACUGAAAUUGCUGAUGAUUAUCAACAUAAUAACCCUGAAUCUAAUGAAUCUACCGAUAUUGAUCAAAAUAUUGAUGUUGAUUCCACAGAUUAUUCAGAUCAAUCAUCGCCAAGAAAAUUUACCAAAGAAUCUGCAACUGAACAAGUUGUAAACUCAAUUGAUGUAAUCCAAGAAGGGUUCAUUGUCAACCCUCAAACCGUCAUGAAAAAACGUUUAUUUGAAAAUCAACAACAAAAAAAAGUGUAA